AACUUAACUAUUAUUCAAAAAUACAUAUGUGUAGGAGGGGAAAGGUGAGGGCUUAAUCAGUAUACAACUUGAACGCCCACAUAGAACAAAAAAAAAUCUGAUGAACACUUCAACACUUUGCUCUGUUUCUACUUUCUACCAGUUAGGACAGGACAGGACAGGUUCUCUUUAAGCAUGUUCAAGCUUGACGAUUAGUGUUAGCUAGUACUAGGAACAACCUCAACGCUUUUGAUGACAAACGGCCCAAAGCAACAGGAGCAUCUCUUCCAAACCCAAUUCCCAAAGAAAUGAAUACGUGCAACCAAAGUUUCUCCACCGUCUGAUUAUCUGUCCAUCAUUAGCUGGUUUAAUCAGUUUUCAGUUUUUUUCACACACAGAUUGCUUGAUUAGAUGCAGAAAGAAGCGAGGUUUAUUAAACUUGGCGCCAAUUUAGCAAUUAACAGAAAAACCAACCACGCAUAUGGCAGCAGCAGCAGCAACUCUCGCCACGGAAAAUGCUAGUAGUAUACUAGGCCAUGGACCUGGACCUCGCCGUGCAAGUCUCCCGCCGGCCAGUCUCCGGCGAGGACUUCGCCUUCGCCACCUCCGACACCGACGCCGCCUUCCUCGUCCUCGCCCACCUCCCCGGGUAUGACAAGGAGGAGGUGGAGGUGGUCGUCGGCGAUGGCGGGAGGGAGGUGGGCGUGGUCGUCGGCGCGAGGAAGGAUGACGCGUUCGCGGUGGAGGCGGCGGUGGUCGGGAGGCGCCUCCGGGUGGCGCACCGGCAGGUGGUGGAGGGGUUCUGCAGGGUGUUCGACGUGCCGCCAGGCGUCGAGGUGGGGCGGAUCACCGUCGGGUUCGAGGAGGACGACGAGUUGCUCGUCGUCAUCAUGCCGAAAUUCCGGCCGGCGCCGGCGGUGAGCGGCGGCGAUGAGGGGCGGCGGCUCGACGUCGAGAGCGCGGACUCGGAGUGUGGGUCGUCCGACGUCGAGGACUUCGAUGUCGAGUCCGGGCCGAGGGAGCGGCAGGACGACGACGUCGCCGUCGAGACGGAGGUUGAGCUCGACGACGACGACGACGACGAGGACGAGCUAUCCAGCCUCGAGUUGGAGUACGAGGACUGGAUCAACGUCGACUCGUCGGAGUCGGAGCCGGAGCCGGAGCCGCCGCGCGACGUGGCGGUGGAGACGCCGGUGGCAGUGGAGGAGGAGGUGGCGGUGGAGGAGGAGGUGGCGGUGGAGACGCCGGUCGCGGUCGAGGAGCCGCCGCCGCCGCCGCCGCCGUCGGUGGUCGACAUCGAGUGCGACGUCGUGUUCGAGCCGGCGUACCGGGAGCUGCCGGUGGAGACGCCGAUCGAGGUGGUCGGCCCGCCUCACGCCGAGCCGGAGCCCCCCUCCGACGUCCCCGACCCGAUCGACAUCCUCUGCGUCGUCGAGGAGCCCAAGCCGCCGGCCACCGUGGACGAGCCCGAGCAGCCGAAGCCACCGGCCGCCGUAGAACCACCGGUGCAAGAACCACCAGCUGAAGAGACGCCGACGGCGACAGAGCCAGAGCCAGAGCCACCGGCGGCGGAGGAACCACCCGCCGCCGAGCCGGAGCAAGAGCCUCAACCGGAGACGCCGCCAGUAGAAUCAGAGACGCCGGCGGAAGAACAGGCGCCGGUGCAAGAGCCACCGGCGGCGGACGAGACACCAGCCGCCGGCGAACCGGAGGAGCAGCCAAAACCACGGUCCAGUGACAGCGAGGAUUACAGCACGUCGGGGGAAGAAGGAGACGGCGCGAACCGGGGCGGUGGCCGUCGCCGGCCCAGGGGGCAGGGGCCGCGGCGGCGGCGGCGCAGGAGGCGCGGCGGGUUCCCGCUGGGGAUGGUGGUGGGGCCCGCGGUGAUCCUGCUCGCGCUCGCCGCGGCGGCGGCCAGGAGGCGGCGGCAGCAGCGCGGGGCGGGCGGGCAGUGAAGUGACUGACGCCGGUGUUGCUCCGCUCGGUCGCCGGAGUUCGGCGACGCGAACAUGACGUAAUUGUGUGACGUGUUAGGCGUCUUUUGUGUGCUUUACGCGUUCGUUUCUUGGUGGCGUAUUGUUGUGCUGUGUAAAACGGAUUUUUCGUGUGAUUGAUAGUAUUUCAGCCUGAGCAACACAAGUAUAUGCAUGUGCCCCUAUUGGGCUGUUCGGUGUACCUGGAGUCCUAGACUGCGGCCCUGCUUAGGGGAGAUUAAGAUUCCAAGAAACAGCUGGUGAGAAUCUUUUGGUUUAUAGUUUAUUUUUCUGGAUUAGCUUAUCAGAAUCUGGAUCAAAAGCUGUACUGUUUAUGGGAGGUUCUGAUUCUGGUAGAAGCUAUAGUAACUAGAAGCAGUGUUUACAGUGUGCAUAUCCGAGUGCUAGUGAUAUGAAUAUACUCAAUAUAUUCACACUGCGUCUUUUAUAUACAGAGGAAGGGAUGCAUACUUGGUCUACACCAAUAUAGAA